GGAGAGCUUGCCCGGACAUGUUCCUCCAGACUCUUCCUCUGUCUACCGACUCCACGUGUCUGCCGUGUGGGUGUAGCUUCACACGCUGGCAGAAAUGUCUGCUCCAGGCCCUCUGAGUAAUGGUGGGGCUGCCCAAAGUGUUUGGGGACCACUCAACAUUCAGUCACCUACUCUUUCUUCUGUACUAGGAAAUGGAUCUAUAUGGAGGAGACGGAGAAAAAAGAAGCACAGAAAGGAAAAGUGUGUUGUGGAAUGUCGAGAAACGUGUAAACUCGAAAAACCUAAGAAAAGAAAAUCCAGUGACUCCCUGAAGGAGCAGGGCAGUGAAGUCGGCUCGUCUGACAAUUCUGACUGCAGGCGUGAAUCACCUUCAGACAGCUCAUUGGACAGCACACAAUCUGUGAAAGCCAAAAGGGCCAAAAUAACCACUCACUCAGCCGUAGGUACAGCCAAGACUUCUUCCUCGCUUAGUGACACCUGGGAGGUUGACAGUGGCUUUUCUUCAGAGACCAGCCCUCCCACCAGUGGCCGGAGUUCACCUUGCAUUGGAAUUAACCCCUCAAUGCUGGUGGCUAUGGACUGUGAAAUGGUGGGGACUGGCCCUAAAGGACACCGUAGUGAAUUAGCCCGAUGUAGUAUAUUAAAUUAUUCUGGAACUGUAAUUUAUGAUAAGUAUAUCAUGCCUUGCAAUCCAGUUACAAACUACCGAACACGGUGGAGUGGAAUCAAGGAGGAGCACUUGAAACAGGCAUUGCCUUAUGAGGAAGCAAAGAAAGAGAUCCUCCAUGUGCUUAAAGGAAAGAUAAUAAUUGGCCAUGCCUUGCAUAAUGACUUCAAUGUCCUGGGCAUUGCUGUACCACGUAGCAGGACUAGGGAUACUUUCUCCUUGGGUCUGCUGCGACAGCUGUAUGGUACUCAACAGUGUGUCUCGCUGAAGAAGCUGGCCCAAAAGCUUCUCAAUAGGAAUAUACAAGUUGGCAGAGCUGGUCACUGCUCUGUAGAAGAUGCUCUUGCUGCUUUGGACCUCUACAAGCUGGUAGAAGAAGAGUGGGAAAAGUCCAUACAGGCCCACCUCCAGAACUCUGAGUUAAUCUCCGAACACACUGCCUCCAUGGAACACUACAUGCAGGACGAGUAUUGGCCCGAGAGUUUGACGGACUGCAACCAAUGAGAUUGUAGCCAUGUACACUUAAACAGUGUAUGGAACAAUGUCACCCCUUUGUAUGCAAAAAAAGCUGAUGGCAGCUUUUUCUACAGGGUUUUCCCUUUUUGAUGCAAAUGACCCAGGUCAUUGUUUGCCCAGGUCCUACAAGGGUCCAUUAUGGUGGACAUGUAGUAACUACAGAUCAAGUACUCCCUUAUACACUUUAGAACCCACUCUGCUGCAGCUUUAUUCAUUGGUUGAAGUUGUGUGCAGGGAAAAAAUUACUUAAUUCCCCACUUCAAGACUGCUAUUUUUUUAACCUGUUUGGGAAGUACCUGUCCCUCCAGUUGCAAGGUCAUGUUGUAGUUUUUCAAAUGAAUUUGAGUAGUUCUGUGCCUGAAAUACAAAGGGUAACUACAGAUUUAAACUGUAAAUGUUAACAGAUUUGGUAGAGAAAUUAUUCUGUGCCACUUUGCUUCACAAAGAUUAGGAUAUUUUAAAUUCGGAAAUAACAUUUGGGGCUCCUAAAGCUAUCAAUGUAGGGUCACACUAAAGUAAUUAAGCCUAUAUAUGGUUUUGACAUUAAUAAUGUAUUGAACAUUUUUAGCUGAACAAUCAGUGUUGAUCAUACUUGUUCAUAACUGCUGAACAGUUUUGCAAGCUGCAGUUAAAGAUAAUACAACUAAAGUCAGCAUUGUAACCUGAAUUACAAUACAGAGAUUGUCAGUACCUGAGCCUUUAUGGAUUUUUGCCUGUUGGUUUGUGUAAUCAGUGCUGCUCAGUUAUAUUUUUUCAAAAGUCCCUUUUUUUUGAAGGUACAUAUUUAGAUUUGGUAAUUACAUGUCAGUGUCUUUUCCGGUAUUUGAAUCUGUUAGUCAAAAAAGAGAUUGAAAUAACUGCUGAGCAGAGAGUACACUUUAACCCUAUGGGUGACUGUCAUAACUAAUAUGGUGCUAUAACACAACCUACUUGAACUGUACAUACCAGUUGAUGUUAAACUAGAAAUGUUUAUUGGUUGAUCUUUUUAAAGGUCUGUUCAGUAUUUAUUAUAACUUGCUGGAUGCGUAUGCAUGUACAAAUAUACAUACAUACAUGUGUAUGUAUAAUGUUAAAUGUAUGCAUGAUUUUCUUGUAACAUCAACUGUACAGUUUUCAGUUUUAAAAAUGUGAUCUGUUGGUUAUUUGAGUAAAGUGUGGAGCAAAAGA